AUGUCACUGCGAAUUGCGCCUCGAAAAGUGGCAUCAAGCGCCCUCUCUCGAACCUCGCGCCUCGAAUGCCCUCUCCUCAGCCAUCGAACCUCAAAAUGCGCAUUCUCAACAUCACGACCCUCCAGCCGCCGGCAACAAAUUCCAAGCGCAGUCCACACUGCUAAGCCCGGCGAAAAGCCCGCCAAGACUACCAUAACAUUGACAACAUCCGAACAGUCUGCCGAGAGCGCAAAGAGUAUGCUCGAAAAGGCGACGAGACUGGCACAAGAACGAGAAGAGAAACUACGACAGGCACGAGCAGCACGACUAGGGAAGCUUUCUGCAAAUUCGGAGAAGAGGCCAGAUACAAGGGAGGAUCUGGCGUCUAGCGAGAGGAGGGAAAAGGCAAGGCAGGCUGAGGAGAGAUCCAACACAGCCGAGGAGAAGAGGAAGACUGGGUUGACGAAGGAGGAGAGGGAGAAGGCGGAGAAGGAAGAUUACAAUAGGAGACAUAAACAGCUGGAGAGAUUCUGGCUCAAGUUCAUGGUUGGGAUGCCGAUUGUCUUGGUUGUUGGUUAUGAACUGUUCCAAAGGCUUGUUAUGGGCAAAGAACAAAAGGUCAUGCCGUAUAAACAGGCCAAGAUCAAUAGAGAGAGGGAGGAGAGGGAGAGGCUUGCGAGGGAGAGUGGUGGGGGUGUAGGGACGGAAUGA